AUGGGUUUCGAGGACCUCUACGAGGAGGAGGUGGUGGUGAUGGGGUAUAAAGAAGCAGUAGCUGGUGCCGUCGCUCCUGGGCUAGCUGUUCCAGUUGUUGUUUUACCUGUUGCAAAUACUGCUGGUAUUGCUCUGUUUGCUGUUGGUCCUGUUCUAUUAGCUGUUGCUCUUGCGCAACCUGUUGCUCUGGUGGUAGCAGAGACAGAUCGUACAGUCGCUGUUGCCACUGUAGACCAACCUGCUCAAACUGUUGCGUUCGCUGUGACAUCUGCCGUACUAUUUCUUGUUGCUGUUGCAGCCGCUCUAUUAUUUGCUGAUACGCUUGUGGAACGGAAGAGCUUGGUGGUAGGCGUCGGGGAGGCGGACGAGGCCGUGGCGGCUGUUGCCGCGGUCGCCCAGAGGAAGGGGGGCCUUGUGGUGGAGGCUGAGAACGACGAGAUUGUGGCUGCUGCUGCUGCUGCUGCUGCUGCCGUCCAGAGGAAGAAGGGCCUUGUGGUGGAGGCUGAGAAGGGUCACGAUCCAUUAUGUCGCAGACGUAAAACAAGCACAAAGACAGUUGAGUGA